AUGGGCUCGCUCCCCAAAGGAGGCUGGAGGCAGCUUGAUGUCGGCGUUAUUGGCGGUGGCAUCGGUGGCAUGUCUGUUGCCAUCGCCCUGAGACGCGCCGGCCACCGCGUCUCCAUCUACGAGCGCAACGACUUUGCAGGCGAGGUCGGCGCAUCAGUCUCGUGCGCCGCCAACGGCACGCGAUGGCUGCACGAGUGGGAGGUGGACGUGGAGAAGGGCGAUCCCGUCGUGUUGAAGAAGCUCAUCAACCGCGACUGGAAGACGGGCGAGCCCGUCAGCGUCUACGAUCUGGACGACUACGAGGAGCGGUGGGGCUACGUCUACAACAUGUUCCAUCGCCAGUACAUGCACGCCAUGCUGAAGGACGCAGCCGUGGGAGAGGCCGGCAAGGGUGAGCCAGCAACAUUACAUGUCCACCACAAGUGCAAGGACAUAGACGUGAGCGCAGGCCGCAUCGAGUUCGAGAACGGCAAGACGGUGCAGCAUGACCUCGUCAUUGGUGCCGACGGCAUCGGCUCCGCCGUUCGCGGCCUCAUAGGCAUCCGCCCGGAGAAGCGUCCCGCCGACUCCAGCUGUCUGCACGCCAACGUCUCCACCGAAGAUGCCGUGCGGCUCGGCCUGGUCGACUACUCCAAGGACGCUGCUCUGGAGUAUUGGGGAGGUCAGGAGGGCAAGUGGGACAAGAUCGUGCUUUCUCCCUGCAACGGCGGCAAGCUUCUGUCGUACUACUGCUUCUUCCCCCGUGACAAGGGCGACUACACCAACCAGGCCUGGGGUGUCGAAGAUCGCCCGGUCGAGGAGUUGCUAGCCCCUUAUCCCGAGCUUGACGCACAGGUCAAGGCCCACCUCGCCAUCGGAGUCGACAUUCAACCAUGGCGUCUCUGGAUGCACGACCCGUACCCGUACAUCGCCAAAGGUCCCGUAUGCCUGUUGGGAGAUGCAGGACAUCCCAUGAUGCCCCACCAGAGCCAGGGUGCCUGCAUGGCCAUCGAAGACGCGGCCGCACUGGGAAUCCUGUUCAGUCCGAAGAACUUCUCGGGUGAUGUUGCCGAGAUGCUCUCCAUAUACGACGAGGUUCGCCUUCCUCGCGCGACCCGGGUUCAGUCUGCCGCAGCCAAGGCAGCCUACAACAUCAACGAGCGUAUCGGUUUCUCAAGCAACACGAAGACCGGCACUUACAAGGUCGAAGACGAGAAGGCCAAGUUGACCAUCGAGGAGAUGAACGCGUACGACAUGUACAAAGACAUCGACGAGGCAAUUGCACGACGGAAGGGUUCCUCCUACACAGAAAAGUGGACAAGGGGACUGCCCUUCGGACUGCAGCUUUCAGGUGGAGUCGUUGUUGGACCAGUAUGA